UCCUUCUUCCAAAACUUUCAAUAAAACGAAUGGUACACCUGUACUUUAAGGAAAGAGAAGUGCAUAUAUCACAUAUUUCUGUGUAUAUGAAACACAUAAAAGGGUUAUAUCAUAGAGUAAAAACUCCUUGGAGGUUAGGGUUUUUCUUUUGAAAAAUUGUCUCCUCGCGAAAACAAACAAUAAAUUCUUCAAUAAUGUCCGGCUCGAGUAGUGAAGACGAGAUAGCCGGAGACCACGUUUUCUACCGCGAUAGACCUGAAUGGAAAGACAUUCAGCCAAUACCCCAGGAUGAGGAAGAUCCUGUUGUUGCAAUAGAUUACUCACCGCAAUUUACAGAUGUCUUUGACUACUUUAGGGCCGUGGUUAAAAAAGGAGAAAAGUCCAAACGAGCCUUAAAACUAACUCAGGAUGCUGUAAAAUUGAAUCCAGCGAACUACACAGUGUGGCAAUAUCGUCGAGAAAUUUUGAUGGAGCUUGCUGAGGAUCUUCAGGCUGAGCUCAAUUUUGUGGGGGGUGUUAUACUUAAGCAACCGAAAAAUUAUCAGGUAUGGCAGCACAGAAGGAUUUUGGUGGAAUGGUUGAAGGACCCCAGCCAAGAGAAAAAUAUUACUGAAUGUGCUAUUAACAAGGAUGCUAAAAAUUACCAUGCUUGGCAACAUAGACAGUGGGUUGUCAAAAAAUUUUCACUGUAUGAAGGCGAAUUAGAUUUCACUGAGAAAUUGAUUGAAAUAGAUGUAAGGAAUAAUUCAGCCUGGAAUCAUCGAUAUUUCACUAUAAAAAAUUCAACAGGAUUUACAGAGGCUGUGUGCCGAUCUGAAAUUGAUUUCACCCUGAAAAACAUUCAAAAAGCUAAAGAAAAUGAAAGUUCUUGGAGUUAUUUAAGAGGUCUAAUGCUUCAUAACAAUGAAGGAUUAAGUGGAAAUGAGGAUAUUACUUCAUUUUGUGAACAAUUAUAUGAAUCUGGUAAUAGAUCCAUCUUUUUACUUUCUAACAUUAUAGAUAUGUGCAAAGAGCAGGCAAACAAAAAUUGUAAGGAUCCUAAAUAUCCACUGAAUAGAGGAAUAAACUUAUGCGAGGAGCUUGCUACUAAACUUGAUAUCAUUAGGGCAAAUUACUGGAAUUAUAUUGGUGAUAAUUUGAGGAAGCUGUUGUCUUAGACUGGAAAAAUUAUAAAUAAGAAUUUUUGUUACAUAAUAAUGCUUACUGGUCAAUCCUAUCCAGCAGAGGAAAUAUAAGAGCUGAUUAUGGGCAUUCGAAAGAAAUAUGUUGUCUGUCAUCAUAAAUUUUGACGUAAUGCAACUACCAACAUACUAUGAUAAGGUUAAGAAGAAUAGUUUUUAGUUUUCAUUUAGUCUUACUUGAAAAUAUUGAGCUUUUAAUACCACCAAACAAUUUUUAUUGUCUUUUGUAUUGGUAAGUGAAAAUUUAUUUACGGAACAAAUUACAUACUAUCUUACAUAAAA